UUGUGUGACUUUCAUUAAAUUUCCUUCCUCAGCUUAAUGAAAGAACGUUACUCUAGUGGCCAUCCAAUGUCAUAUUUGGUUAUGGGCUUGACAUUCUGUCAGCUUUGGUAUUCUAAUCUCACUGAAGAGGUUAAGUUGAGAGGCUCAGACCAGGAUUAUUCCCCUCAGCCAUCAGGCACUGCAGGAUCAAAGUUAAGCAAUGAAGUUGUUAACUCGGUAGGGAAUUAUGCAUCUUAUACUCAUGACGCUGUUACUUCUCGAUAUGAUUCAGAGACAUCUGUCAUGAAUGAUAAAAGAAACACACUGGUGACUAAUAGCAACCUACACAGAGAUGUUCCUGUGCCGAAAGAUAACGUUCAGAGUGUUGCACAUCCCUUACAAGAGGUUGAGCCGCUAGGCUCCUACCAAAACUCUGCUGAAAAUCAAGCUGGUUUUUAUAAUGAUAGUGGCUAUACAUGUGAUCCUUCAGUCUUCUCUGCCUUAGAGGGUCUAGAGUCAUGGUUGAUGCCCUCAAAGUUGCCGUAUUCUAGUGAGAACUUUGUUUAUUUGCACAGGCAAAUACUUAAUAAUCAUUAUAAUGAUGCUGUGAAGUAUCUUCGGCUUGCUCUGAAUUGUGAACCCCCUUUGUCAGCUACCUUACUUCCUUUGGUACAGUUAUUGUUGAUUGGAGGUCAAGUAAAUGAGGCUCUAAGUGAAGUAAAAAAGUUCUGUAACAUUUCGAACACAGUUUUUCCGUUUAGAUUGAGGGCUAGUCUUUUAGAAUACUACUAUUCUAAUGACUCUGUCAUGCUCUCUACUUGUUUCGAGGAGAUUUUGAAGAAGGAUCCGGCAUGCUGCCACACAUUGGGAAGGCUUGUCAGCAUGCAUCAAAAGGGUGAUUAUAGUCUGGAUUCCCUAGUGGAGAUGAUAGCUUUGCAUGUGGAAGAUACAUUUCAUGAGUCCGAUACAUGGAGGGAGUUUGCUUCAUGAUUCCUCAAACUAUAUCAAUACGAAGAGGAUCGACUGUCCAUAUGUCUCGAUAGA